CUGGAUCAGACCCUCCACACUCGAAAGUCGAAACCCGAAAGCCAUGGUCCGCUCCAGACUCCUACUAAACCCUAAUUCCCGCUAAUUUUUGCAGAUCUCGCCGAUAUUCACCGCCGAAAUACUUCGAAACCUUAGUGAGUCCAAUCGUGGCGGAGGAAAAUCCUAGAUCGCCAAGAUGUCGAUGUCAAAGAGCUCGAAGAUGCUCCAGUACAUCAAUUACCGGAUGCGGGUCACGAUUCAGGACGGCCGGCAGCUGGUCGGUAAGUUCAUGGCGUUCGACCGCCAUAUGAACCUCGUCCUGGGCGACUGCGAGGAGUUCCGCAAGCUCCCGCCGGCGAAGGGGAAGAAGAACAACGAGGAACGAGAGGACCGCCGCACCCUCGGUCUCGUCCUGCUCCGAGGCGAGGAAGUGGUGUCCAUGACCGUCGAAGGCCCCCCUCCUCCCGAGGAGUCGCGCGCUAAGUCGGUGGCUGCUAGUGCGAUUCCAGGUCCGGGCAUUGGUCGCGCGGCGGGGCGUGGUAUUCCGACGGCUCCCCUCAUUCAGGCCCAGCCAGGGCUCGCCGGACCUGUUCGCGGAGUUGGUGGUCCUGCUCCUGGAAUGAUGCAGCCUCAAAUCUCGCGUCCUCCUGUCCCCAACAUGUCUGCGCCGCCGAUGAGUUAUCCGCCUCCGCAACAGGGCGGCCCGCCGGUUAUCCGGCCACCGGGCCAGAUGCCACCUGUGCAGUACCCGGGACAGGGACCGCCCAUGGGUCGUGGUCCUCCGCCGCAGGUUCCCCCUCAGUUUGCUCAGAGGCCACCGCAGCAGGGGUUCCCUAUGCCGCCACAGUUCGCCCAGAGACCGAUGGGGAUGCCGCCACCUCAGGGUCCGCCCAUGAUGCGAGGGCCGCCUCCUCCAAGACCUGGAAUGCAAGCUCCACCUCCACCGCGUCCUGGCAUGCCUCCUCCUCCUGGUAGUGUGUUUGGACCACCACGCCCUGGCAUGCCACCGCCUCCUCCUAAUCAGCAGCAAAAUCAACAGCAAUGAGGAGUAAGUAAGUGUUUGCGAAUUCGGGAAUUGUUUCUCACAUGGUACUGCUCUUUUGAUUUACGUUAGUUGUGUUGGUUUUGCGGGUUAAUAAUCAAUUACUCAUGCGUCUUAGUCUUAGUAGCUUGCCGCAUAUUUCGACAAAACAUCAAAUCUGAAUCAAUGGUAUCCGCUAGACAAGUGAUUGAUCCACUAUGUUGUGUUUGAAUACUUUGCAUAUGCUCUCAAAAACACCUAGUUGUUGGAGCAGUAAUAUUGAUAUUGUGUUCCCCAUAGGAACAUAUGUUACAACAGAAAGUAAGCAAGCAGAAUAAGUUUUAUAUCCAGGAUUGACUUGGUUGAUUUCUGUGCCUUCUUGUGGGUUUAUCUCGUGUACUCUCGAUUGUUCAUUUGCUUGUUGCAUUUGUUUACUUAUUGCUUUCUUCGUUUGUGUAAUUGUCAUUCUUGUUUAUAGUUUUUACUACCGAGACAAUGCAGAAUAAGCAUACAAGCUAUGUUGCGUGGUACAUGAGCCAUUUCUUGAUGUAGCAGUAGCACCUAUUUAGAGACCAUCAGAAUUAGGUUAUGUUGUCCUGGCUGCAGUAGGCAUUCGCUGAUGCACUUGGACUUGGGAUGCAUUUUGUUACUUGUGGAACUCGUUGUCAUUGAUUGUGUGCAUACCAUUACUGAGCACCGGCAAUUUUUUGUGUUGCUUUGCAUAGUAUGAAUGCAGGUAUCUUAUGGGUUAUAAUAGCUGAAUGAUGUGCCGCUUCUACCUGGCGUUUGACAGUUACAUUAUAUUCACAAUGUAGCAGGAUUUUGAUGUCAAGGUUGCGUUGGAAUUUAAUCGGCAAGUGUGUGGACUUCAGGCAGUGAUAGGGCUUCCAAGGAAUUUGGUGCCAUUUGAUGAUGUUGCUGAGAUUCUCUACACCUGACUUGGGAUGUUUGGUACUUGGUAGAGUUGUGAACUUUCUGUUCCUGUGUAUCUUUGGCGCAUUUUGUGAUUGUGGGAUCUCGUAUUGUGGUAGAAACAGCAGAGUUUGUUAAAGUAGUCUAAAAACAUCAGUUGCUUGAGCAUGAAUGACUAACGUGAAUUUGAAGUGCCCACUCUCCAGGCCUUUUACAUGGAAAGAUAUCAAGAACCGUACAGUGGCAGAACUAUCUUGACUUACGAAACUGGUAUAGAUUUAUAUGUUACGGUCAAUGCCAUUCAAAAACAUAUUAUAAUGUUGUCUGACAGGAAUUCGACUGUUGACAAGGAAGAUGCAGCAAUUCUUAGUGGCAAUCGAUUCAUGGCUGAGUCUAUGAAAUAUUGUAGAGGAAGAAGAUUACGGUGAAUGUUGCUGACUGUACAGAGGUGAAAAGCAAGAUAAUCUUUACCAUGGUAAUUAAACUAUAAUAUAAAC